CCCCCUCCCUAACUGCUCUUCAGUCCAGGCACACGCUUGCCAAUGUGCCUCCCCGUGGUGCACCACACAAACGAACCAUGGACGUGCCGCUCCCGGUGCUGCUCGGCUCCUUGGCCAUGUCCGUAGCGGUGUGGUUCCUUCUAUUCCGGCGCGGCGGGGGCGCUGCGGGGAAGCGGCCGCUGCCGCCCGGGCCGCGGGGCUGGCCGGUGCUGGGCAACCUGCCGCAGCUCGGCGCCAAGCCGCACCACACCACGUGCGCGCUGGCGCGGGAGUACGGCCCACUGUUCCGGCUCCGGUUCGGCAGCGCCGAGGUGGUGGUGGCCGCGUCGGCGGGCGUGGCGGCCCAGUUCCUGCGCGCCCACGACGCCAACUUCAGCAACCGCCCGCCCAACUCCGGCGCCGAGCAUGUGGCAUACAACUACCAGGACCUCGUGUUCGCGCCCUACGGUGCGCGGUGGCGCGCGCUGCGGAAGCUGUGCGCGCUCCACCUCUUCUCCGCCAAGGCGAUCGACGACCUCCGCGCCGUCCGGGAGGGCGAGGUCGCACUCAUGGUGAGGGAGCUCGCGCGGCGAGGCGCGCCGUCGGUGGCGCUGGGCCAGGUGGCCAACGUCUGCGCGACCAACACGCUGGCCCGGGCCACGGUCGGCCGGCGGGUGUUCGCGGUGGACGGUGGCGAGGGCGCACGGGAGUUCAAGGAGAUGGUGGUCGAGCUGAUGCAGCUUGCCGGCGUCUUCAACGUCGGGGACUUCGUGCCGGCGCUCGCGUGGCUCGACCCGCAGGGCGUGGUCGGCAAGAUGAAGCGGCUGCACCGCCGGUACGACGACAUGAUGAACGGGAUCAUCAGGGAGAGGAAGGCCACCGAGGAAGGCAAGGACCUGCUCAGCGUGCUGCUCGCGAGGAUGCGGGAGCAGCAGCCGCUGACGGAGGGCGAGGACAGCAGGAUCACCGAGACUGACAUCAAGGCUCUUCUCCUCAACCUGUUCACGGCCGGGACGGACACGACAUCCAGCACGGUGGAGUGGGCGCUGGCCGAGCUGAUCCGGCACCCGGACGUCCUCAAGAAGGCCCAGCAGGAGCUCGAUGCCGUCGUUGGCCGUGACCGUCUGGUCUCCGAGACGGACCUCCCGCGCCUCACCUACCUGACGGCGGUCAUCAAAGAAACGUUCCGGCUGCACCCGUCGACGCCCCUCUCCCUGCCCCGCGUCGCCGGGGAGGAGUGCGAGGUGAACGGCUUCCGCAUCCCGCGUGGCACCACGCUGCUGGUGAACGUGUGGGCGAUCGCCCGCGACCCGGCCGCGUGGCCCGAGCCGCUGGAGUUCAGGCCCGCCCGGUUCCUCCCCGGCGUGCCGCACGCGGCCGUGGACGUGAAGGGCAGCGACUUCGAGCUGAUACCGUUCGGCGCGGGUCGGAGGAUCUGCGCGGGCCUCAGCUGGGGCCUGCGGAUGGUGACGCUGAUGACGGCCACGCUGGUGCACGCGCUCGACUGGGACCUGGCCGACGGCGUCACCGCGGACAAGCUGGACAUGGAAGAGGCCUACGGGCUGACGCUGCAGCGCGCCGUGCCGCUCAUGGUUCGGCCGGUGCCCAGGCUGCUGCCGUCUGCAUAUGGAGUCGAGUAGAAAUGGAAUUUCGUCGCUGUCGGUAUCGUCAAAUCUGAGAGUACGCUUGGUGGAUGUGCUCAUGAUCCAACUCUCUUUCGUGUAAUAAAGCGUUGCCUUCUCUUCAAGGAAUUAAAAUGGCUUUGUCAACAUAAGCAGCACAAGAAAACUGCAGAGUGGCAUUUCUUCGUCUUGUUGUGCAUACGCGUUUUAUAUGUUUGUUUUUGUAAAAUGCAUCUUAAUUCAAACAUGACAACUUUUGUGUCAAGACA